UUAAUAUUUUGUUACUUUUCUAAUUAUUAUGAAUUUUUGUUCAGUGGCUUAACAGGCUACAUGACUUAAGCAUAACUAAGAUGCUGACAGUUUCUAUGUAAUUUUCAAGGUCGUCCACUUUGAAACUUAAGCAUAAAACCUUCUUGAUCUUCGUGAAACCUAACCAAAGCCUAGAAGUCAUGAUUUAUAUGUUACAUUUUUCUCAGAGAGCGAGGUCCAGGGCCCGUGGGGAAUAUAUUACCAUCAAAGGAAACGCUUAAACGUAUCCAUAUAAAAUGUGGCGAUGUAUCUUUGCCUGGACGAAGACUUGAAGGCCCGCCGCCACCACCGCAAGAUUUUUUUAUUUCGAGAGAAGCCGGUAAGCCAACAGUGACUCCAGAUGAAGAACUCUCGAGGGUCUGUUAGUAUUAAAAAGAUAGAAGUUACAGCAAUGACAGUUACUAACUAUUUCAAUUAAAUUUAAAGCCUGGGAUACUUAAAUUAUCAUAACUAUUUUAACUCUUUUUCUUUGAGUUGGCUAUACAACAUCUCAAUCCUCAAUUAAGUGCCAAAUUUAAGUUUUAAUUUAACUGUCAAUUUAAAUGUUGUUUUGAUAGAAGCAAUCAAAUAUCUUUGUUGAAAUCUAUAUUCUGAAGAAAACAUCAAUUCAAACCUCUGCACCUCAUCAUCAGCAGCAGUACUCCACGAAGAGCCGCCACACAGCAUCAGGAUCCAGCCUCUUCUUCAUGCGCUUAAAGCUUUGAUCUGAAUUUUCUAUCUCAGUACCAUUUCAUAAGUUUUCAAAAAAUGUAUUUCUUAACUUCAUUUUUUUAUAAAAUAUUUAUCUAGUAUUAUCAGCAAAUUUUUAAUCUAAUUUAAAUUUUGUUCUUUUUGAAAUCUACUAAUAAUACUUCAAGUUGCGGAUUUAUUAUUUUAUGUCAGUUUCGUCAAAAAUUCAUCCGUAUUUUGCUUUUAAAAAUACAAUUAAACACUUGUUUGUCUAUUAUAGAUUGCAACAGUCUCCUGGUCAAAGCUUUGCGCCUCUGAAAUCAUCAAAGGAAUAAUGGGGUAAGCUGGCAGUGCAUGAUUUAAUUCCCAUUUUUUACAGCAGCUCGCAGCUAGUGGCUUAUGUGGAGUCAAAAUUCAGCUUUUUUAUAUAGCUGCAUUAUAGUGAGGCUGAUCAGUUUUCCUCACUAGAGCACGUGCUCACAGAGCUGCUACAGCACUGGUAACACUUUUAACUCUAUCAUGAAUGCUAUGCGUCUUCAACGUUUAGCAAACUUUGCUUUAGAAGUAAAAAUCUCAAAACCUUAAGAAAAAAAAUGUUUUAAACUUGAUAGAGACAUGUAUUAUCAAAGUGCCUCUAAACUUUUAAAAAUAUAUUCACUUCUUCCUUGCCUUUUAAAGUGGCAUGUUACUAUACAUUUUCAAAAUCAGUAUUGGAGUCUAUACGACUAUUGUGAUGCCUAGAAUGGCCAGAUGCCCAAAAUGAAGAGAGAAGAAAUGCAGAAAUGAUCAAGAGAUCCUGCUGAAGAAUGUCCUGUAAGGGGGGAAAAAGUUAAACCAAAAGACAACCUCUUCUAAAUUUCUUCUUUUCAAAGAUUGAUUAAAAUAUUUAGCUUCAGUUUAAAUGUCCUCUGAAGAAGGCAAACUUUUUCAGAUUAGUGUACUAUUGCACUGUUUCACUUCAUUCAAAACUAGUUCUGGUAUAUUUCGUUAAUAAUUCAGUAAUUGAUGCACAUUACAUAUUACCGAAACACUAAAAAUAUGAGAAGAAAGAAGAAACUAUCAUCACUGCAACUCUAAAUAUUAGAUCCUCACAGAUUUCUGUAAAGUCAAAAAACUAUCAACCAUGUACAGCGCUAGAAAUGGAGCAAUAGUGAAAUUUGGGUGAAAUCACAACAAUAUCGUUUUGAUUUUGCAUGGUGAUUUUUUUGCUCACUUUUCAGCGGUGUCUUCUUCAGAGUAGGCUGUUACGGGCUUGUGUAGUUUUUGCUCCCAGAUGAGAAGCCCGCACAAGCUCACAAGGAUUUUAAUAUCUAAAAUUUGCAUAUUAUUUCCAAUCAGAUUUGUUUUUUUCUUUGACAGAUCUUACCAAAGGAAACUAUAUUCCUUCGAUCUGUCAAAGCAUGAAUUGCAAUUUAAUUGGAAAUAAUGUGCAAAUUUUAGACUGUAAAGUCCUUGCGGGCUCGUGGAACCUUCUUACCUGGGAGCAAAAACUGUACAAGCCCAACAACAUACCCUUUUGGAGGCACUGCUUUAUAGUCGCUAGCAACACCAAAAGCGACACAAAGUUGACAUGCAAUAUGCAAAUGCCAUUGCCGUUUCUGGCGCUGUACUUUCUUUUAUUAUGUUUUAAUAGUUGAUAGUAGUCGGAUAUAUAUUCUCAACAAACUUGAUCACUCAUUAAUUUACAAAGAAUCAGUUCGUAGUAGGAUAUUACCUAUUUUAAUUAAAUGCUCAGUGUUGCCUUUUGAGAAAAUACUAUGCUCAUCUAGAAGAUCUUCAAAAUUGGCCUACACUUGUAAUAUACUAAAAAUUACCAUGUCCUCUGUUACUUUAAAUAUUGAUCAUGUGGUUGCACACCUAGCACUUUUAUUUGCCAUAUUUUUCUAAUUAGCUUUAUGUCGUUUGCCAGUUUCGUAUGGAAGUGCAUACUGGCUGUAAGAUUAUUAGUGGCCAUUGAAGCAGUGCAUGGACAAACCUAACCAGCUACAAUCUAAAAUCUAGCUGAUCAUGAUUAUAUGAAAUUUUGUGGUUGAUAACUAUACAUUCAUUACAAAAGCAUGGAUUUUCUUUGACAUCUAAUUUGUGUAACAUCAUCAUUGAAAGGUAGUAUAUCAAUCUAUAACAAGAACCUGCCCAUGUUAGAUUGACUUCACUGCACAUUUCUUCACAUUGAAAAAAAAUAUUUCUGAAAUUAGUGUGAAGUAGAAAUACAGGGUGAUACUCAGUAACCCAAUUUAAUAUUUUUCCAACUAGGAAUGAUUUUUAGAACUCUCCACUGGACUUGCGAUUAAUUUGAUUUAAAUUUCAAGUAUGGUUUCGCUUGGUAGUUAAGUACAAUUUUAUUAGUACAUCUUAUUUUCCUUGACAUUCUAGAAAAGCAAGUCUGGUACAGCAAUUUUAACCGAGCCACAUCUAAUUCCUUCAGUCAAGUACCGGGUUACCAUUUUCACCAUGUUUUAAUGGUUUACUUUUAUCAAAUUAAUAAUUGAUCAACUCACUGGUUCUGCAAAGUUUUAAUUUUAUUCCCUGAAUUUAUUAGUAUAAUUAUUUAAUUCCUAUUGCUGUGAUUACAUUGAAAGUUGUUUUGAAAGUGAGUUAGAUUGUGUUUGGGUGUCAUACCUUGCUCAUUGAAACUUAUAAUUAGUAUUCACACACUCUUGAGCCACACACACCUGAUGAGCCAUUUGAACCUUAUUCUCAGCAUUAUUUGAGAUGUAUCAACUACCUUUCUUUGAUGAUGACAUAUACACAGCAAAAGGCUUUUUUAUUUUAAUUUAUUUUUAUAAACUGUGUAGAUGGUCUUGGACAAGAAUUUUGACUUUUUGCAUACAUUUAUUUGUGAGGGCAGGAGACCCAUUUUUGAUUUUCUCUUGCAUAGAAGGGUUGUUGAAGUUGUUCAGGCUACUACUUCAGAUCCUAUCUCAAAACCAGCAAAGCGGGAUUCAUCUCUGGAUAGAACACGUCUUGACAACAGUGCGCCAGGCCAUAAAACUGAAGAUAGGAGGCGACACGACGAUGGCAGGAGGAGGCAUGACGAUGACAGGAGGGGGUAUGACGAUGAAAGGAGGGGGUAUGACGAUAGAAGACGACAUGAUGGAGGUAGACGGAGAUAUGAUGAUGACGAUGGCAGAAGAAGAGGAGAAGAUGAGAGAAGGCAUGACUCAAGAAAGAAGGAGGAAAGCAGAGGUGCCUCAGCCUCAAGGAGAGAUGAAACCGAUAAAGACAAAGAAAUAGAUAAAAAGAAAAGGAAAGUGGACGAAGAGGAAGAGAACAAUGUUGAGAGGAGAGGUAGAUCAAUGGAUCAUACCCAAAAUCAUAGUCCAAGGUUACCACCAUUUGGGCCCUCGCCCCGCCCAGCCUAUCCUCCGGGACCCAUGCGGCCCCCAUUGUAUCCCCCAAUGUACCCUCCGCCGUACCACCAUCCACCAAUGUAUUUUGGGGGAUUCGGACCUCCCCCUUUUGGGCCGCAACGGCCUCCCCGGCCCCACAUUCAAUAUAACCAAAGCAGGCCAUCACAUACAAAAUAGUUACUUUGGGAUUUAAUUUUAAGUGUUGUUUUCUUCCUUUAAGUUUAUUGAUACAGUAUUCCAGUCACGUGUCACCUGUAUAUUUGUAAUUUUACAUAAAUUUUUAUGUUUCUUAACUUUUUUAAAAUAGCUACGUAAUUCUUGGCAACUUCCUUUUAAGCAAUUAAAGGUUGAUGUGCGAGACAAA